UACACGGAAAUCAGAAAAAUGAAAGUGUUGUUUCCUUGAGAACACGAUGUUAUGUCCCGAAGACUUUCAAACUGGUGAAGAAAACAGCAGAGUUUUACUUGCCCUUCCCUUGUGAUGGCUGGUAACUGCUCUUUCAAUGAAAUCGCGAAAAAUACAAGCACAUCUUCUUUCGAUCCAAUAAUGCCUUUAAGACCUUGCUUUUUACUUGCAGACUAGAUCAGUGCCUUCCAAAAUUGUGCCCUAAACCAAAGUAGAACAGCAGACAGGUCAUACUCAUCUUUAUCUUAAAGUCCAUUUAAAAUCCCACAAAUAAUGAAUGACGAUCUUAAUAGGAGGAUGGAGGAGGCCAAUGCAUUGGCUCAACAACACCAGCAACAACCGCAACCACCAUCUCAGCAGCAGCAGCAGCAACUGUUGCUGCAGCAUCAGCACCAGCAGCAGUUUCUUCUAAUGCAACAACAAUUUCAACAACACCAACAGUCCAUUAACAGAUUUCCUUCAAAUCCUAACAUAGCAAACAAUGAUUCCCACUCGUUACAGCCCAGGAACCCAAUUCUUCAUCACAAUCAUCUGCUUCAACAGCAGCAACAUCAACAGCAACAACAACAUCAGCAGCAGCAGCAGCAGCAACAUCAACAUCAACAUCAACAGCAGCAGCAGCAACAGCAUCAGCAGCAACAGCAUCAUCAACAGCAUCAACAGCAUCAUCAACAACAUCAUCAACAACAUCAACAGAAGUCAAACCCGAGACCGGGAUACCAAGUAGAAUUAGAGAUGGCCCACCAUGAUGCAUGGAAAGUCUGUAACCCUGACAUUAAGCGACCAUUUUCUUCACUUGAAGAUGCUUGUGAAAGGAUUUUGCCUUACCAUGUUGUGGCAGACUACGAAAUUGAAGAUGAUGAUAGACUAUUGGAUUCCGACACAACAGGUCAGGUGUUGUCACGUUUUCAACUUUGGGAGCAGAACCUACUUACCAAAGUUGGUGAACUUAAUGUUGCAUUUGAGAGGCAAAUUCACACUUACAACACCCUGUUAAGGAGGAGAGCUCAAGGAGAUAUGAGAUCAGAGGAAAGGCUAAUGGUAGAGCAAAUCCUACUUCAUGAUGAGAGGCAAAAGCUGAUGGAGACCAGGGCAGAAAUAGAAUCUAGAGAGAAAGCAGGAAGAGAAGCAGCAGAAGCAAAACGGAGGAUAGCUAUAGCCGAACAACAGGCACGGGCUGAAGCACAAGCACAAGCACAUGCAGAAGCAUUGGCCAGGGCAGAGGCAGCGAGAGUAGAGGCAGCUAGAGUGGAAGCUCUUGCGAAAGCAAGAGCUGAAGAGCAACAUGCUGUGCAUGAGCCGUCUAUGCAUGAGCAAGGUGUAAACAUGGAUGAAAUUUUGCAUAACUGGGGUCCUCUCCAGAGGGAAGAUGAUGCUGAACCCUCUGAGGACUUCUUGAAUGAUGAUCAUGAUCAAGAGGCAGGUGAUGAUAGAGGCUUUCAAAAUAUGGAAGUGGCAUCAGGAAACGGAGUGCAUGAUGACUGGAGAGAAGUGGGAGAGCUUGAUUUGAACAUGAGGUGAUAAUCAAUUAAUAGGGGAAAUGAUUGUGUAAUUACAAGUCAAGGAUUUCACUUGGCACUAUAAGUAGAUUGCAAGACAUAUAAUCAAUUAAAAAAAUUCCACAAUCAAAGCUGUCAGAGAAGUAGCAGCUAGAACAAUAUGCAGACAGCAAGUAUUAAAUGAAAUUUAAAUCAUUCUACUUAAUCAAUGAAAGAUCAUAUUUUGUGAUUUUUAUCUGCAAAUGCCAAUCCAAUGCAGGUGAGAAACAUUAAUGCUCACAAAUUUGUACGACUAUCUUGCAACAAAUAAAUAUUUGGCAAAAUGUUGGAUUUUCAGUAAUUAGAUAAUUGGAAUCUGAUCUUCAACAAUCUGUAACUCACUCUGCCAGGAUUUUAUGACCAUAAAUGCUGCCUUAAGGGGACAAUACUUGCACAUU